GCUACUUUUCCAUAACACAUGGAUUCCUCAAAGAUUAUGAAGUUUGUAGUUUUUCUGCUGCUCUCCUGCUGCUUAUUGUCGUCGUCGUUGGUGGAAUCUAGCGAACUGAAAGUUGGAUUCUACGGCUACACGUGUCCUCAAGCCGAGAUCCUUGUACGAAAGGCCGUGUCGAAGAAUCCUGGCUUCGCGGCUGCCAUCAUCCGGAUGCAUUUCCACGAUUGCUUUGUUAGGGGUUGCGAUGGAUCCGUGCUACUAGACACGAUCCCGGGUAAUCCGGUUGCAGAGAAAGACAGCCCGAUCAACAAUCCCAGCCUCAUAGGCUACCAGGUGAUCGACGAGGCGAAGGCCAUGGUCGAGGCCGUCUGCCCUAAAACAGUGUCGUGCGCGGACAUUCUUGCCUUUGCGGCCUGA